CAAUUUUUCCCCGUCUUUGAGCGAAAAUAUAUGCCUGAGCUAAAGAAGCAACACUGCCAUUUGAGUGAAACGACAGGCGAUUCACACAGAGACCGACAGCGAUUGGAAAUGUCUGCUAGUAAACAUAUUUGUGGUGUCGGAUCGUGAAGUAUAUGUAAAGCGGUUACGGAAGAGUCGACGCCGGUACUAAGUGUUAAAGGGCUUCCAUAAUUAUAUAUUCUAAGUAAUGCCGAAAACUUAAAAUUUUCCAAUAAUUUUUGCAUGUAAAAAGCAAAUCUUAAAGUUUGAAAUGUGAUUUGUAUUUGGUUUGCGCUAAAUUAAAUAUAUGUAAGUGAGGUAUAAAACGAUCGUUGGCUACGACAAACAAACACAUAUGUAUGUAUGUACGUACCUGCAUAAAAAUUUAUAUAAAUGUAGUAAACACGUAUGUAUUUUUGUUAGUGCUUUUGUUGAUAAAUCCAAUAAACCGCCGUUCGCAUUGUAGGUGUGUGCGUGCCCAAUGGAACAAAUUGUGCCGGUGUGAGUGUAUCUGUGCGACAUUGCUGCGUGAAUCAUCUGUGAGUGAUAUAGAAAUGGCAGAAAUACUAAGGGGGAAAAAAAUAAAUUUAAAUGAUUAUAAAUAAUUUUUUGUUAAACAAAACAGAAAUCUGCUUAAAGUAACAUAAACAUACCGACAACAUUAAUAAUUUUGCAAGCAAAUCAUAGUAUAGCUGCUGACACAGAAUAGCGACAUUGGUGUUGUCGUUGGAUUUUAAUAUGUAAAUUAAUAGUAUGCACAAGCGGCCGUUCAUAGGAGUAGUGCGUGAUAAGUGUUAAAGUGUUGUAUAUACAUAUUUACAUAUGUAUGUAGUUAUGUACAUACUUUUUAACGAGUGGUAUAAUUUUUUGUGGUAUUAACGGAAAUAUUUGCAACAAAGCGUGGACCGACGAGAGUUAACAAAAAUAUGCGAAAAACUGGAUGAGUUUAUGACCACAAUAACAAACAACAAUACUGUGUCUCUUUAUUACGCGAAAGUUGAACAAUUAGCGACUGUGCCUGCGCUGAACCAAGAAGUAAAUAUUCAAGUUGAUGGAGAUUUGUGCCAUUUAAAAAGUGUACCAUGGAACAAGAAGACACCUGCCGACCUGUUCCCGCCCCGCGUCGUCUCUAUCCUGAGCUGCGAAAGCUUGACUACGAAAAUGUGACUGUUGAAUUGAUAAAUAAAAAUCUCAACAUAAACUCAGAAAACCUACACACAGUAACUAAUUGCACCGAAAAAGUACCGAAUAAUAAAAUAUUUUUUGGUUCCCAUUCUGAUCUGGAGGACACAGCCAGCACACGCAAAUCCAUUCUCACCGAAACAAAUGACCUAUAUGGGCCCAACGCUAACGAAACGGUUGCCACUCCAGGACCCAUAUAUUCUACGCCAACUCCCGCGCCACGCCCACGCAAGCCACAAAAUACUGAUGUAGAAAAUGCCAAUAACAUCUAUGAGAAUACCGAAGUGCUCCACGCAUCGCCACAAACAACUCCAACCCUUUAUCCAGAGCUGCCAAACAGCACACGCGCCAUCAGCAAGGAAAACUCACCCAACACCUCGACUUCGUCAUCACCAUCCGGCAGUCGUGCCGCCCUGCGCAAAGCGCCCGUACUACCUCCCAAGACAUACCUGAGUGCGGAGCGCGAACGCUGCAACCGUGCGCAACGAUAUUCCAUUGGCAGUGAAGUGUCCACCACGAGCAGCUACAAUGUAACCAUUGGAGGUGGUGGUGCUCGUGCAGGUGUCGGCGGAUUGGAUGACUGCGCUUUUGGCAUCGGCUACACACAAAAAUCAGCCUCCAACGCAACACUCAAUUCAUCUGUGGAUGAGUCGAAUGACAGCGGCGAUAAUUCGAAAUUCAAAUCACCUUCACCCGGCGAGCUCCUGAAGUCAAUUGGUUCCACGUCCAAACUUCUCACAGAAUCCAUCGGCGAGCGUGUUGCACUCAAAGCCAAGGGCGUCAAAAAUAAAUUUGACAAGAAUUUCAGCAAUAUCAGCAGCGAAACCGCGAAUCGUUUACGUAGCGUUGGAAAAAACUUCAAUACAAAUUUUACGCUGACCAAAAAAGACAAGGAAAAACCUAAGGAAGUCGCCACAGCACAAUUUCACACCGGCCGCCCACAAACACUGCCACCUAACGAUCAAGUUUUCGGUUCGAUCUCAUUCACCAGCCCGCUAAACCGCAAAGCGGACGCCGUCGAUGAUCUUUCCGCCAGCACUGCCGAUUGUUCAUAUGAUUUGCCGCGUAGCUUGAAAUUAACGCGUAGUGAUCUCGAUUUACCUUCGCCGCCCUCUUACGAAGACGCCUUAAAAACUGCGCCACAACCAGCAUUCGAGCGUAACGCGCCUGUAAGUAAGUCGCUCAUGGUGCCUAAACAUAUUGCCGCCGAGGCAGCUAAUGUAGCGCUGAAGAAGCAGCGUAGCAAUGCCAGUCUGCAAAAUGUUGCAGAAGAAGAGAGCGCCACGGGCAGUAGUUCAGUUGCGAAUUCGCGUGAUUCAUUAGAUUUUCCCUCACCACCAAUGCCAACUUUUCCACCACCCGCACUACCCAAGGAAGUUGUAACCGACAUUACGGAUGGGCUUUACGGCAGACUCAAGCCCAUACAGCCACCACAGCGGUUGAAGAGACGCAAGAAUUAUGAGGAGAUUCAAUUGCGGCGCGUAGUGGAGAAUCCAUCGCCCGUGGGCGGAGCUUCACUGCGGCCAAAUGUCGACUCUGCUGAGCUACAUCAACUCAAUAUGGAAGUUGCGGCAUCUGAACGCGAAGAAUCUAUGCUGUUGCGUAAGCAGAUACUGGCAGCGGAAAACCAAAUGCCGAAGCCGGAUCGCAGUGAGUCGUGGGAGUAUUUUGCGGAUAGCGUGGAAGAGAGCGUGUGUUCAACGCCUGAGCCUGUGUAUGCUAAUGAUGAGGCCACAUAUGGUCGAGUUUUCGAAAUGGCCUCAAGCAGUAAACCUAAUUCCUCCCAAGUUCAGCCAAGACCGGUUGAGUUAGUGGAAGGCGCUGUAGGUGGCUGCGUAAAGCCGCCGGUGGAAGUUAUUAAAGAAUUUGAUCCGCUUUUGAGUCGCAAAGCCGCAACGAUAUGCAAUUCGGAUAAGAGUAAUCAGCUAUUGUUACUGGAACAUCUGCUGGAAGAGGACAUCUACGGCACUGUUUCGGGAGAUCAAGUAAAAUCUGAUGACGAUAUCAGCAUGUGCACGUCGGAAGAAGACAAUCAAAUAGCUACUGCUGUCAUCACCACGGCUGUAGUCUCCCAAGAUCCCACGCCAGCAACUGUGGUUUUGCCUACACCAACGAAUGCUAAGCCCACCAAUAACACUAACGAAGCGGGUAGUCAACUACGAAUAGUGCAUCAAAAUGCCCACUUACUUUCAGAGAGCACAGAGAAUAUGCUGGAUGAUAACGAGGCGCGCGUCCGGCCCUACUUGAGUCGACUCGAAGACCAGCCAGCCAGUGGCAGAAAUAUUGACUUGGCACGCGCUUCUGAAAAUCGCACUCAAUGGUUUGUGCAGGACAAUAAAGAAAACAAAGAGCAGCAACGUCGAAAUCCCUUUAACAAGCUGAACAUCGAAGGUGAUGGACCACCAUCCUACUUGGAGGCCAUUGGCGUCGAGGAUCGACCUUCGCUCACGGCUAAUGAACAAAAAUCGCGUGCAUCGCGUUUUAUGAAUACUAUGAACGUAUUUUCGACGAACGUAAAACAGCGUGUGGGUGCAAUCACGCGUAAGGGUAGCUUCAAGGUAGCCGCAAAAUCCGAUUUGAAGGUAACGCUACAAAUGGUGCCACGCCCUACGCUUUCACCAUUGCUCGUACGCUACGAAGGACCACUGAUACGCUUUCCUUCAGGUGUUGUGGAAGACAUACUCAAGGAGAUGCAAAAUCGUAAAGCUAUUUUACGCGAUCGCCAAUUUCAGACAUUCCUCGAUCAGGAGAUGAAGACGCCCAAAGAAAGCAUUCCACUGGAAUACAUUACAACGCUGCAAUGUGUGAGCAAUAGUCGCGUAACAGAUAAUUCAACACAUUUUUAUUGCUUUGAAAUAACCAUGUCAGUGCCGAAAAACCAACCGAACUCGAGCAACGUGCAGGCAAUGUCGAAUCCGAACCUCGUUAUGACGAGUACGUCAUCGGGCAAUUGUAAACAUCAGCGCGUAGCACACCUAUACGGUGUGAGCAAGGAAUCGGAAAGAGGUGUUUGGAUGCAAAAGCUUUUAGAGAGUCUGACCAAUACUAUACCACCGAAAUAUGCCUGCCAUUACUAUCGCGCAGGCUGGUGUUAUUUGAAAAACUCAAUCACUUCCGAAUGGAGCGGCACCUGGCUGGUGUUGAAGAAGAAUCAAAGACGUUUAAUAUUUGUGAGUGAAGCUGCUGGAAAUGUCGAGAAGAUGGAUCUGCGCAAAGCUCGUUGCAUAGUGCUCAAAGACAGCGACGAAACGAUUCGUAAUCUGCAUGUAGAGUCUGGUCCCACACUCAUGAUCGAUUGUCCGCCCUUUACGGUGUACAUGAUUAUGUCCUCACCGCGCGAAACUAAAAUUUGGCGGCAUAUUAUACGUGAAGUGGCACACAACAAUGGCUUCUCUCUGAUCGAUCAGCAGUUGACCAAGUUCAAUGUGCCCGUCAUUGUGGAUAAGUGCAUCAAUUUUGUGUACAUACACGGCUCCAUGUCGGAAGGCAUCUAUCGCAAAUCAGGCUCUGAAAAUUCUAUUCUUAAACUUUUGUCUGCCUUCCGAGCAGAUGCCUUCAAUGUGGAGAUUACACGUAACGAAUACAAUGAGCACGAUGUGGCUAACGUUUUGAAGCGUUUCAUGCGCGAUCUUCCCGAGCGCCUAAUGGGCAAACUUUCCGAGAGUUUCAUGUGUGUGACUGAGCUUACUAAACCUGCGGAGAAGAUAGAAGUAUAUAAGGAAUUACUUGCACGUUUGAGCGUGAUAGAACGGGAGACUCUCAAGAAAAUUGUAGGACAUUUGGCAUUUAUUAGCUCGCAGAAGGCGAAGAAUAAGAUGAGUACGAAAAAUUUGACAAUGAUCUGGGGUCCAACGCUACUGCAGAAUCAUCAGGAAGAAAUGGUUUACUCGCAGAAGGAAGCUGAUGUUCUAGCCGAUUUGAUAACGCUUUACAAACAUUUAUUCCCACUAUCGCCAGAGGAAGUAACAAAAGAACAAGAGAUGUUGAUGUGCUUACAAAAGUAUUACGCGGCGGCUGAAACGCUGACAGAUUCAGUGAAAAAGUCUGGGGACCUAAAGAUGUGGGUAGUACUUAACCCCAGACCAGAGAACACCAAGGAAGAAAAAGUUCAGGUGAACGUUACAAUCACACCCACCCGCACGGCCUACGAUAUCUGUCGCGAGCUGGCGUCUAAAAUGCAAUUUUCAACCCAUCAAGUAUCCCUGCACGAAGUCAUACUGAACGACAGCCUGGAGCGUCCACUACACCAUGACACAAAAGUAUUCGAUGUUGUCCUCAACUGGUCGUAUUGGCCCGAAGAUGAUCGUAAAAAUAAUUACCUAGUUGUGAAACCUAUUGAUACUUUGCGUGAAGUUCAACGUGCCGUUAAGAAUCUGGCAACGGUGACCCCGGGAAAGGAGUUGAAAUUUGCUGAUUAUCGCACAAAAUCCUUCAAAUCAUUUCUCUGCGAGUUGCGUGACGGUAAAAUUGUGAUAUCGAAGAAAGACAAAAACGAAAAAACCACCAUCGUACGGGAGAUCUUCCUGCAUAGCACUACGGCGUACUUGGGUUGUGAGAAGAAGCGCGACUUUCCAUGGAGUUGGGCAAUUACGUUCGUGGAGCGUACACAAACGCAGAUACUGAGAUCACGCGAUUCACCCUUCAUAGGACAUGUGCUGGCUGGCAGUGAGUGGGUCGAUCGUACAAUAUGGUUCUCUAGCAUUUGGUAUAGUUUAUAUGGCGAUAACAUAUUGCCACCGGCAGAAAUCAUAAUGAAGUGAAGGAUCUGUUUUUUUUUUUGCAUAAGUAUAGAUUAACAUAUACAUACAUGCAUACAUUUCGUUAGAGAAAUAUUCACAAGCGAAAUAUUAACACCAUCAUUUAGUAUCUGGGCAUCAUGAUCAAUUUAUUGAGCAUUUCAAUUUGCAUUUCAUUCUAUUAAUUUUAGUUUUUAAUAUCAAAAUGGUUGGUAUCAUAUUGUACUUGCCAUAUACUGCAUUGUUAAAUAGUAGUACAUGAAUAUUAUGCAUACAUAUGUAAACAUUUUUUGAAGAUUUUACAAUUGUUUUAAUACAUUUUCAUUAGACUCGUAUGUAGGGGUUGUAUGUUAGGUAAGCAAAAAUUGCAGAUAUUUUAUAUUAAAGUCAUUGUAGGUUUAGUGGGUAAUCAAUUUUGAAAAUAUGUACUACAUAAAAUGUUGUAUGUCAAAGUUAUUAUUUUUCAUGAACAUACAUACAUAAG